UGAACAAUACAGACAUGCUUCCUCUGUUGAGAAGCUUUUGUCUAGAAGCCUCUAGUGGCCUCAUUAUUUUCUCUGUAGCUUCUUAAAGAAAAUACAAUUGGAUGAGUCUUGAGGUAAGAAGUUGACUUUUCAAGACACUUUAAAAUGCCUCUAUACUAAAAUAAUACAAUUAUGUUCAAAGAGUUAUCGCUGACUAACUUCUGUCUUCUGAGUAGUCACAGAUCUGUCACUGAGGUCUAUACUUUUAUUUGAGACUAGCCAAAGUUUAACUUUUCCUGAGCAUUUGUUCUUGGGGAAGGGUGGAAUUAGGCAUUCCAAGUGCCAUAUGCAGAAUUUACAAUGGGCAGAUGAGAUGGAUAUUCACUUCGAAGCUGGUAUUCCAAUUAUUUCUACUUUGGUGAUUGCAGUAGAGAACGUCCUGAGACAUCUCAGAGCAUCAUUUUAAGAACACACCAGGAGGAAAGAUGGCCAAAUCUUUCCCAGUGUUCUGCUCAUUAUUGUUCUUCAUGCUGAUCCAUCGGGUGGUACCAUCUGGUAAGUAAUUUGGCUGGUUCUGGCAGGAAUGUAAAGUGGAUUUGUGGGCUCUAACAUUCAUUGUGAUCUGAAAUAGAAUGCUUUGAAAUUCUUAUUUAUUUAUGUCAUUUUACUGUAUCUGUAUAUCUGUAUCUAUAUAUAGAGACAAUGGAGUGUGGUCCUCCCCCUCCCCCCCCCAAAAAAAGGCUUUGGGCUAAGGGGCAGGGGCCUUGGUUUUUCCACCUAUUAAUGCAGAUUAUGAGACCUAAUUCAUGGGGACCAGGAGCUUGGGUAAUUCAAUGAGGUGACCUGUGAAAGUGACUGACAAUGUGCCUACAUGGCAGCACAUCUCAGAAAUUCAAUACUGUUGAAAAUGCUUUAAAAAAAAAAAGAAGAAGAAAAAAAGCUUUUCCAUGUAUCUGAGUGGGUCAUUAUUUUUCAGGUCCUUUUCUAGAGAAGGGUCAUGUAGAGAGUUAUAAAGUCACUGAGUCUCAAGGACUGAAGAGCUUGAUUUUUUACAUAUCUGUCAUGAAUUCCUGGGCAUUUCAUAACAAGGGCCUUUCCCCCUUCUGUGAAAUAGGGGGAUUGGGCUUAAAGGCCUCUUUAAAAUUCUAGCAUUUCUUAAUUUCUUUCAUACAUGGGCUGCCAGUUCUGAAUCCACUCCUGUUCUUCAAAAGUAAUUUGAUAUACUGGAUUGGCAAUGUUUAUGAGAGUAGCAAGGCAUCUACAUAGUCGUCUACUGAUUAUCUAUCAGAAGAAGAGGGGUUGUUCUGCAUUUUGAGAAAAAAUAAGUUAAUACAUGGAAAAAUAAAACAAUGCUUUAAAUGAUUGCAAGCUUCCUUGGUAAUAAUUUAAAAUUCUUUUAUUCCAGAUUAAGAAUUCUUAAUCAGCCAAAAGAUUAAGCUAUGAUUUACCAGAUAUUAGAUUUUGUAACUAUUUUCAGUUAUGUCUCGGUUUCAGUCCGUCAAGAAUGGUGGCCACCCUAUGGAGAUUUCAAGGUGAAAUGUCCAUAUAAGAAAGUAGACUUGAGCUGGUUCAAAGGAACAUUGAAGCCCUGCCGUGGUAUAUAUCAUCCGGUCUGUGGCACCGAUUUGGUAACCUAUGAAAACCCCUGCAUCUUGUGUGUUGAGAGCUUGAAAUCUUCUGGGAAAAUUAAGUUUCUACGUGAUGGAGCAUGCUAGUUAAGCAGACUUGGAUGUGAAAGAAUAUAUCUUCUUUUUUCUCCCUCAUGGCAGUCCUCCUCUUACAACUCACCUGUCCUUUUUUCCUCCUUGCAUAUGUUCUUGGUGACAGAGAGCUGCCCCUAUUGAGCUUGUAUCAGAUAGUGAAAGCUUCCUUCCUUAGUCCUCUUCCCUCUUUGCCGUCCACAU